AUGCAGACCAACGAAUUGCGCGAAGUCGCGCUCGCCUUACGCACCGCCCGCACCGAGAAAGAACCCAUAUCACCACCCACCCAAACAUGGCCCUCUCUCGACGCCGACAGCGCGUUUGAAGUUCAGCGCAUCACCGUCGACGAGGCCGUGAAGCAAGGCGACCGCCUCGUCGGCCUGAAACUGGGCAACAUUGCCAAGGUCAUGCAAGACGCCUUCGGUCUGGACCAGCCCGACUACGGCUUUCUCCUGGCCAGCACCUUCAUCUACGAGGGCACUCCAAUUCCUCUCAAAGACUACAUCGCGCCCUAUGUCGAGCUGGAGCCUGCAUUCGUUCUCAAGGCGCCGCUGAAGGGCCCCAACAUCAUCAUCGCGGAUGUGAUCAAUGCCAUCGACUACGCCCUCCCUGCCAUUGAGAUCAUCGAUUCCCGCGUCAAGGACUGGGCGAUUGGGCUACCGGAUACGCUGGCGGACAAUGGAUCGACGGGGGCGAUUAUCCUGGGAGGCACCCCGCGCCGACUGACGGACCUCAAUCUGCGGGAUACCCGGGGUACUCUACUCUUCAACGGCCGCGAGAUCAUGACGGGCAACACCAAGAAUAUUCUGGGGAAUCCGAUCUCCGCGGUGGCGUGGUUGGCGAAUCGGCUGGCGGCGUAUGAUGUCGGGCUCGAAGCGGGACAGGUGAUUUUGCCCGGGAGCUGCUUGCAGGCGAUGCCCAUGAGAGAGACCGGGCGCUGGACGUGCAAUUUUGACGGCUGGGGUACUGUCGAGUUUGAUGUUGUCUAG